CGCGCAGGGCAAGGCUCCCGCUCCUUACAGCUGACUGCUCUUUCGCUACAGCGUCAGUAGCUCCCAGGCGUUCAACGUGUGUGGGUUGUAGUGGGUAGCGUUAGACCUGUUCAUCAAUUUUCGUGUGAGAAAUAAAUCGUAAUCACAUAUAGCUUGUGUGUCCGCAAGCAAAUCUUGCAGCGUCAGUUGCUAUUUACUUGGAUCGUGACUCGAUUGAAGUCUGACAGAUUACACGAUGUUUCACCAUCCGAAAAUUCGCAACGCUCUUCUCUUCUUCUUAGUGAUGGCCAUCACGAUUUUCUUCAUUAUUGGCAGAGAAUCCAGUCAUAGGCAGAGAGACACCAUUGUUGAGCAGGCGCCCAUAGAAGCGCCCGACACCUACACUCCUAACGAGUUGGGCGUGUGCACGGGCCGACGUUGGCCAGCGGACGUCCCCCCGCUGUACGUGAUCACUCCGACGUACCGCCGAGCUGAGCAGAUCCCUGAGCUCACCAGACUCGCCCAGACCCUCCUGCUGGUGGACAGCUUGGUCUGGAUCGUCGUCGAUGAUGCCGACGAACCCACGCCUGCGGUCGUCAACUACCUGCAGGAACGACGUAUAUGUCACGUCUACUUAAUAGCCCGAAUGCCGGCCAAGUUUCAAAAGUUAAAGAAUCCUCCGCGUGGCGUGGCCAACCGGCGGAAGGCGCUGGAGUGGUUGCGGAAGCAUGCGAAAAAGGGAGGCGCCUUCUACUUCGCUGACGACGACAACACCUACGACACGAGGCUCCUGGACGAGAUUCGCCACACCAAAAAAGUGUCCAUGUUUCCCGUUGGCUUGGUCACACAACUGGGAUUGAGUUCACCAAUUGUCCGCAACGGGAAAAUUGUCGGUUUUUAUGACGGCUGGAUUGCCAAUAGAAAAUUUCCAGUUGACAUGGCAGGAUUUGCUGUGAGCGUAGAUUUCCUUAACGCCAGACCUGAAGCUGAUAUGCCUUUCUUAGUCGGGCAAGAGGAAACCAAAUUUUUGGAGUCGCUAAAUUUCACAUUAGAUGACGUUGAGCUUCUAUCAAGUAAUGCUACGACAAUACGCGUGUGGCACACAAAGACGAAGAAAAAUAACAAAGCAAUUUUAGGUGCGAAGAAACUCAACUACAAGGACAGCAACAUCAACUUUCUACAAGAGCAGAUCUGGAGAUGAGAAAACCUUUUUUUAAGCCUUUACUUAAUUGAUGAAUAUCGAAAAAUUUGCUGUGCUAAAUCACGUCUACACGUACCUUAUUUGAACCGAAAAAUGUAUCACCGAAAGUAGCUAACCGUGCCGAAAAAAUGCGAUUGAACUAUUUAAAGCGAGCUAGCAGCAGUGUCAUCUAAAAGCUUCAUGCUAAUGAGAAAAACUAUCAGCUUAUUAGUUUUUUUUAUUUUAUACGUACAUGGAAUGAUAUCUCAUAGCUGUGAUGAUAAGAUGCCUCGUCACCCCAUGUGCCUUGAUGCAUAUGCAUCUUCCAGUCUUCACAUGAUGUUUUGUAUUCCAAUGUUAACUUUGAUUUGUCAGGCGUCAGAUCUCUUCAUUAAUUUAAUUGUAUAUUUUGUGUCGUGGUUUGUUUGUACGAGAAAGUGUGCUUUCUUGAAACCAUUCAUUCUGCGCUUCCCUUUUUCAUUCGGUUAUCGUUGAAAGAAAACGAAAAACGCCGUAGUAAAAAGUCUUCCUGAAUCUUCCAGUUCUAAUCUUGUUCAUAAUUCCUUCGUUGUUAUUCAACUUAAAAGGCAGUCUUCAAUCUUGGAACAGCAAAUUCCUCUGUUCCAAGCCGCUCUCUUGUACAAUGUUUAAAUUAUUGCUGCUACAGACGUAUUGCUGCCGAUGAUUCGGUAGCGGGAGUAGUUUGUCAAUGAUGUUAAAAUAUUUUACAUUUUCGUGUUAAAAAUAGAUAGCUACAGUUAAAUAUUCUGAUUUAGAUAUUCGAUAUGUUUUUGUAUUCUACGUUUCAAGUAAACUUUAACUAAGCUCUGCGGAAGCAAGAUUGAAAUUUACUCGUCUGCAUUUAUUAAUGGAUUGUUACUAUAAUUAAUAUUAUUUAAUAAUAAUAAUUUUUAAUUAUAGUGUUCCUGCAGUUCAGUAGGACGAUGAUGAUGUUCCCGCUAUGGAUUUUUUCAUGUCGGUAUCGACUUUCCACUUGCGCGUAUUUGCUUACUGUUGAUGAUGAGUGUUUCUUGUUCAAUUGCUUAGUCGAGCUGUUAAGUCGGUUUCUCCUGGUGUAAAAUCCUGAAAAAUCUCGUUUGCGUUCAUCUCCACAUUGAAGUUCAAUAAAAUACUUGCAUGACAAAACCUUCUCUCACAUUGAUUUCAAAGAAUACUAUUUUCCGGCGAUUAACAGCCAUGCAUUUUUUAAAGAAUACUGAGUUGCUAUGACGUGUUAAUUCUGAUGUUCUAUUUGACAUGAUGUUUGUGUGUGACGUUUGAUUCUUCGUGGUUGACUUUUGUGCCUUCAUUCAAAGCGGCUCUAAAUUAUCUCGUUUGGCAAGAUCAUUAUUGCGGCAAGAUUUGUUUAUCAGAUUUAUUUUCUUACGUGUCGUAAAUCGUGUAUGAUUUAUUAAUGAAGCUGUGGUCAGCAAGUCGAGCAUUUGAACUGCUGCGAGUGCCUUGCGUUUCUGUUGUGAUAUUUAGCUUGUAAAAAUAAAGUAGUAAUAUUCUGCUAGUAACUAAAUGUGCUCAAUUGUUGUGAGGCUGCGUAUGACAAAACAUUCAUGAAAACGUGAACAUUUUGCGUUUUGUAAUACUGUACAUGUUCUAGAAGUGAGAUUUCUUCAUUCGCGAAAAAGGAAUGCAUUAACUGUCCUGGUUGAGGUAUUUGGAUUCCUUCAUGACUUUUAUUCUGAGCUUUUCUUCAAUUAAACAAACGACAAUUACUCGGAAAAAACUCCGUCGUCACGAGGGAAUGGGGUUCAAGUGUCAUUCAGCGUUUCUGUUAUAUUGUUCUUCUUGCAUGCUGUAUCUAAUACGUCGUAAUUCGGCUUGUUUCAGAUAUCUGUUACAUGAAAUCAUAUUUUCUCUUGGUCAAAUUCUGUAACCACCACAGAAAUGAGUCCGCACUAAGGCCCGUUAGAACAUAUCUUUCUUUCUUGUGUCGUUUGACAAUUUUUGUUUGGCAAAAAUACUUGUGUCUUUUGGCAAUUUUUUUAAGUCAGAAAAACGAUUAAAAAUUAUAGGAUUAACACCACGUUCCCAGCCGGAGUUAUGAUGAAUAUAUAUCGCAUUUUAUUUACCACUUUUGUGUAGCUUAGAGUAUUUUUCUAGCCAAGUAUAAAUGAAAUAAUUUUGCUAUGUCAAUUCUAAACAAACGCAGCGUCGUCUGUUUACGGGCCCAGCUACUAAGCGUUCAACUUCCAGCCUUGGGCGAGUUUUCGCUCAUUUUAUAUUAGUAACAACCGACAUUAGGGGAUCCUUAGAUUUUCGUUGGAAUGGCCCAAAUCUAGCCAAUGACUAAGUAAGAUCUGCCAUUUUUUUAUGUUCACAUAUUUCUUUCUGUGAUUUCAUUUUGGUACGCACUAGCAUGCAUGUCAGGGAUCUAUCCAUAUUCUGUGGCUAUUCCGUUUCUUGCAUCUUGAAGCUAUUUUUGCGAGAGCCACAUCUCUCCUUCGCUCCUCGUCAAGAUGGUGGUUAAAUUCGGUAUUAUCAACGCGAAAUCCGCUUUACAUGCAGCUUGAUUCAUCGAAUAUUCAUAUUAUAACUUUGUUGACACCACUUAUGGAAGAAAGUCUUGGCUUGUCAGGCAGGUUAAAUAAUUUAUUUAUUUUUCACCCUCAUACUAUUUAUUAUCUAGUCUAAAACAAUGACGUGAGUACCGAUCAUUUCAUAUGGAACUCAUCUUCACGAUCCGUUGUUUUUCUCAUGCUCCCAUCUGAUUCAUUUCUCGUCAAUUUCAAUGUAUUUUUGGUGAUCCCGUCCGAUUCAUUCCUCAUGUUCCCGGCUCUUCGCUGAGCUGAUGAACUCGAGCUAUUUGCUUGCCUUUCGCUGUUUCUUAGUCGUUAACGAAUGUGAGGUUGAGCUCUUUCGCGAAACUUUCUAAACUUUGCCUAAUAAAAUUGCGUUUAUUAUUUUUUGUUUCCAUGUGACUUUUUUAUACUAAAUAUGAACGAUUUACUGAGA